ACUUGCAUGGGUUCGUAGUUUCCAGUUGAGAAGAUAAAAGGUUUGUCCAGGGUAUUUGGUGAAUCUGAGUCUCAGUAAAGCGGCUCUGCUGCUGCUUUAGCUCCUGGUGAUGGAGGAGCAGAGUCGAGACACCGUUGGAGGAGCACAGUCUGCGGGGGAAGAUGAGGAGGAGAUGAAAAAGGAGGACCUGGCAGAUGUGGCAGCACCUGAUGCAGAGGAGGAAGAUGAGGAGGCUCUUCCUCACUCAGAGAUCCUGGAUAUUUUCGAGGAGGGACUUGCCCGACUUGUGCAGGACCCUUUACUCUGUGACCUGCCAAUUCAGGUGACUCUGGAGGAGGUAAAUUCUCAGAUUGCUUUGGAGUAUGGUCAGGCCAUGACCGUGAGGGUUUUAAAGGCGGAUGGUGAAGUAAUGCCCAUAGUGGUGGUGCAAAAUGCAACUGUCCUUGAUCUGAAAAAGGCCAUUCGCAGAUUUGUGGAGCUGAAACAACAACGUGAAGGUGGAGUGAAACAUGUCAGCUGGAGAUAUGUUUGGAGAACGUAUCAUUUGGUGUUUCAGGGGGAAAAGCUUGAAGAUGACAAGAUGAGGCUUAAAGACUAUGGGAUCAGGAACAGAGAUGAAGUGACAUUCAUGAAGAGACUGAGGAAAAAGUAAAAUAUCACAGUUGAAAUGACGUUGACAAGGUAUUCAUAAUAAUUCAACUUGUUUUAUUUGAAGUGUCGAACAUCUCUGUACACAUUAUAAACUCCCACGUUACAAACUCUGCUGUUUCUUAAAGGGACUACAUGUAAAUAUGUGGAAUACUGGCUGUUAAGCCCCCCCCCCUUCUUUUUUUUUUACCAUGAUUUUUGUAUAAUU